AUGCGUUUAUACAAUUCGCGGAUUCUGAAUCCGUUCUACUCGAUAUUUCUGCUACAAUUAUUCGUUAUUGAAUUUGUGAAUUCACAUCAAGAAGUGCUCUUCGACCUAUCCAAAGCCACGCCAGCCACCCGAUGGGACUCUCUAGCGCUGAAACACGAUCGAGAUGAUGUGUGGAUGGAAGAAACGUGGCGAAAUCCGGCGGCGACCGACGAGAAGCACGCCAAUCAGCGAGCGUACGUAACCUGUAAUUAUGAUAUGGACCAACCCAGUAAUUGGUUGUUCAGUCAUUUUAUCGAGGUUCAAAGUGCCAGAAGAAUCUACGUCGAGCUCCUCUUCAACAUCCGCGACUGUCUCGGCUUCACCGAUCCGAAAUCGUGCAAAGAGACGUUUACCGUAUUCCUGAAACAACUGAAGACGUCGCAUCCGGGAAGCGCAAAAAUCGAACGAGAGCAAUUCGCAAAGGAUAUGAAGAAUUGGCAGAAUAUUGGAAGAAUGGCGAGGAGCAAUUCGAACACGACCACAGAAACGAUUGGGUUUGAAAUCGAGCCGGACACGAAGAUGAUUCGAAUCGCGUUCGAGGAGCAGGGAAUAUGUUUGUCGUUGUUGAAUGUUAAGAUCUACUACCGCGUCUGCGACGAGUUCACCGAUCAACUCGUCCAAUUCCCAGCCCAAGUGACCGGAGCCAAAGAGACGGAUAUGGUACGAAUGAACGGCACGUGCAUCCCGAAUGCGUCUCGAAAAAUCGCCGGCGUCGAUUUGAUUGGACUGUGCAUGGCGACGGGCAGUGCGAUCAAAACGUCCGGAGAGUGCGUUUGUGAUAGUGGAUACUCGGAAAUCGCCGAUUCGAAUGGAGCGCGUUGUGAGAGCUGCCCACCGAACACCUACAAACCAAAAGGACAAUCCAUGUGCAAGCCGUGCCCAGCAAACUCGGUGUCCGGCGAAGCGGCCAGCUCGUGUCGAUGCGUUAAUGGAUACUUCCGAGCCGACGAUGAGAUGGUCUCGCAGUCGUGCACACAACCCCCAUCCCGUCCCAUCAAGCUCGUCGCCAACGCCAUCACCGCCACAUCAACCCGUCUCUCAUGGAACGAACCAUCAAGCCUCGGAGGUCGCCCGGAGAUCUGGUACGAAGUCCGUUGCUCAGGACGUGGAGAGUGUGGAUCCGUUGUGAUGACGCCGUCCGACAAGCGACUCUCAACACGAUCGAUCCAGAUCAACGGUCUCCGACCGUCCUCCGACUACACAUUUUUGGUGUUCGCCAAGAAUAAAGUGUCUGGAGAGUUGGCCGAGUUUUCUGAGAAGAGUGCGGUCAUUGAUAUUCGGACGAGGUCGGAGGAAGAAGACGUUCCACCAGUGACCCAUUUAAGAGUCGAUGCCAGUCAAUCAGAUGGGAUUACUAUCGCGUGGAGUGUUUCGGAUUCUGAUAUCCAUGAUUUUGAAGUGGAGGUUCGGCCAGCGAUCGUCAAGAAGCGAGCAUUCGAGACCCGUCACGUCAAUCAGACAUACACGACAUUCAUCGGACUUCGACAUGAUACAGUAUACCAGUUUCGAGUGCGAGUCAAGGAUGAUUUACGGUGGAGCAGUCCGAUUAGCUAUCAACUCGGAAAGGGAUUGCUCAGCUCAUCAUCGUCGACUAGCGAAGAGGAUACACAGUUUUUGAACCAAACUGGGUCAGCAUUGCUCAUCAUUAUCGCGUUGAUACUGGUGGUGAUCGCUAUUGCGUUGUGUAUGAUUGUGGUGCAGAAGAAGACGAAAAACAGGAAGCAGAUGAGCGAUUUGGACGUUUUGGAUACUUAUAAACAAGACUCGAUGACACCCGACUACCAUACGACGUCACGACAUCAUCAUCAUCAAGGCAAUCUUCCCGCCAAUUUGCACGAACAGCUUCGCUCGACCACCAAGUUAAACGCUCCACUGAUCCCAUCGUUCGGCUCGCCAAUCUCUCAACCCCCACCAUACUACGGUGGCGUUCACACGAACUCCGGAAAAUACAAGACCUAUGUGGACCCGACGACGUACGAGGAUCCCUACCAAGCACUCAUCGAGUUCACAUUCGACAUCUCACCAAACGACGUCUUCAUAACUCAAGUGAUCGGUGGUGGAGAGUUUGGCGACGUCUGUCUGGGUGGUCUUUCGAGGAAUUCGCCGGCGGCGGCGAAGUGGAAUGUCGCAAGUACGAUGGCACGUGGAUUCGAAUCUGAGCAAUACGAGACAGUGGCCAUUAAGACGUUGAAGUCAGGGUCCAGUGCGAAGGCCAAAGCAGAAUUCUUGACAGAAGCCACAAUUAUGGGGCAGUUCUCACAUCCGAAUGUGAUUCGGUUGAUUGGCGUCGUGACGUCUUCUGAACCCGUUAUGAUUAUCUCUGAAUACAUGGUCAAUGGAUCACUGGAUCAAUAUCUUCGGAAUGCGGAUCAACGAGGGGAUAAGGUUCAUUGGGAGAAGAUCACCGAGAUGUUGUAUGGAAUUGCGUCGGGGAUGAAGUACCUGACUGAUAUGGGAUAUGUUCAUAGGGUGAGUUGGAUUUCCGACCUCGCCGCCCGCAACGUCCUGCUCGACCACGAACUCCGCUGUAAAAUCGCCGAUUUCGGACUAUCGCGUGGCGUCAGAAGCGAGGGCUCAUCGAUCGAACCGGAAUACACGACGAACGGCGGGAAGAUUCCAGUCAGAUGGACGGCUCCAGAAGCAAUCACUCAUCGAAAAUUCACGCCUUCAUCGGACGUCUGGUCAUUCGGAGUCGUCAUUUGGGAAGUUUGCUCAUUCGGCGAACGACCGUAUUGGGAUUGGACGAAUCAAAAAGUGAUAAGCGAGGUGAUGAUUGGCUAUCGAUUACCACCGCCAAUGGAUUGUCCAAUGGGUCUGUAUCGAAUUGCUCAGUGGUGUUGGAAGAUGGAGAGACAUGAGAGGCCGACAUUUACACAGCUUUUGGCCGCAUUCCAUAAGUACAUUCUACAGCCAACACUGAUUGAGACGGAUCCUGGAGAGCUGCCAAGACGGGUGAUGAGUCAGGCUGCGUUGAAUUCCAUGAAUCCAUCGUAUGGUUCGGUUUCCAUGCCAACGCCUCCGUCAUCGGCCGCUCCGAUGCCAUCGUUGGAUGAUUUUUUGAGACAAAUCGGUCUAAACCACGUCUACGGUAAACUGGUGUCCAACAACAUCCACUCGGUAUCAGACCUGGCCAAUACCUCGCACUUGGAUCUCCUCGCGUGUGGACUAAUUUCUCCCGAAUGCUCAAUCGUCCGCGACGGACUCAACGGACGAAUCGUGACGUCGUCUGGGUCGCCUGGCAACUCGUCUGGAACGCUGCACGCGACGACACGUGGCACACGGACGACGCGACCGCGCGAGGAAGGAUUCUUUGUGUAG